GUUCGUUCUACAAACCAACCUACAAACCAACGUGCACGGUGGGAUCUCAUAUCACCGUGCACGUUGGGUUGUAAGAACGAAAUGACAGAGUCACGACAUCAUCAGCAUCCAAAGUCACAGUCCAGCGUCACGUCGACCACCAAGGCCGAGGGCGAUGGGUGUGCUGGAGGAGUUGGGCUAGAUACUACAGGUCAGAGAACUGGAAUUGGUGUGGCUUCAGCUUGGAAUGGUGCCUUUGCGAUCCAUCCCUUCAAGACAUAUCUGCAGCUCCUACCACCUCGCCAUCACGAUCACCGCCUCGAGAUGAUCACCAUGGAGAACAUCGACACUCAUUUCAAAAACCAUGGGUGCGGCCCGGGCUCUGCUUCCCAGCCGCAUGAUCGUCGCCUCGAGAUGAUCACCAUGUCCGGCUCUGGAGCGGACGGUCAAGGAAAAGAACGCCAUCAUGAAGGAAGUCGCUCCCAUGUUCGGAAAUUGCCGACAAGCGCCAUCAUGACUGGGGUCAGCUCUUCUUGGGUAGGAGGACAAGGACUCGCUCUCAAGGCUGACCUCGAGGUGGCUGUUGUCGUCAUUAUGCUGAACAUCAUUGCCAGCAAGCGCCAUCAUAGUUAGAGUCAGUUCUGCUUGAGUAGGAGGACAAGGACCCGCUCUCAAGGUUGACUCGAGGUGGCUGUUGUCGUCAUUAUGCUGGGUUUUGUUUUUCGCGGAUGCAUUGAUUUCGGUGGAUGGGAUGGUUUUAAACUCAGUCUUCAUCCUUUUUAAAAUUAAAAAC